AUGGUUGAAACAACCAUCACAUCUACUGGUGAUGCGAGCAAUAUUGCAAUACCAGUAAGCUAUGAUAUCAAUCACCCCUAUCAUCUCAACAAUUCUGAUUCACCUGGUAUGACACCAGGCAACACUGUAUUUGAUGAAAGAGGAUAUCCAUGGUGGAGAAGAUCUAUUCUCUUGUCUUUGUCAGCCAAGAAGAAACUUGGCUUCAUCAAUGGAGCUUGUCAAUCUCCAGAUCUGAAGUCCCUAGAACAUGAGCAAUGGAGUUGUGUGAAUGACAUAGUCAUCUAUUGGAUCCUAAAUGCUCUUUCAAAAGACAUUGUUGAUAGCAUGAUUUACUCCAAAACUGCAAAAGAGCUUUGGGACAGCCUGGAGCAGAGAUUUGGGAAAUCAAAUGGAGCUAAGCUUUAUCAUCUGCAGAAAGAGUUAUCAGGAAUAACACAGGGAAACAGUGACAUUGCAAGAUACUUUACUAAGCUCAAAUGA